AUGCAUGUCGGGGAAGGUGGCGCCUUCCGCGCGGACAGCGCACAGGCCAAUCAGCGCGCAUCACGACAGAGGCCACCAAGCAGCUUCGACGAACUGUUGCAGCAUCAUUCACGCCCAAUUGCUCACCAAAUACUCAUGUCGAGCCCACUACUAGACGUCUGGGAGGCUGCUGCAGCGUCGCCAUACCAGCCCGGAAUCGGAAAGAACACGCAGUUCACCGUCGGCUUCACGCUGCUGUUCCUGUCUCUCGUCCUUGGUACCAUCUUCAGUCUCAACCGCUCCGUCAUCAACCUCCCGCUUCUCGGUGCGCCAGCUUCAGUCGCAUUCGGAUUCGGCGCCGUCUACAUGAUUUGCGCAGUCGGCGUCUACGUCUAGUUCCUUUUCCACGUUCGGCGUUCGGGGGCAUACUGUAUGCAUAGUCUGGGAAUCCAAUAAAUAACCAAGACCGAAUACCACUACAUCUACCUCUUUC